AUGACGUCGUACCGACUGCAGAGCGAUGAUGUCAGUGAUCAGUUUGAUCUGGAUUCCCAGCCAGAUGCUUUCAAACCACGGGAAGAGGUGAAGGUACAGAUCGAGCCCAUCAGAACCAGAACCAAAUCACGGGUGCGACUCCCAAACACAAACUGUACAAAGAACAAGGUGAUCGCUGUUCUAGUCAUCAUGCUCCUGGUAAUGUUUCUUGUAGCAUCCGUUACAAUCUAUGAACUGGACAAACAUGGCGUUCAGUGCCAUAACAAUGCACAGGAAAUCAAAGCAACGACUAGUCCAUCAAAAGAGCCACCUGCCAGUGCCACGGUAUCAGCAGCUACAACGACUAAAGUAGCACCACCAACUGCAGUGGCUCCCACACAAGCAACUGCAACAAAUGGCGAACUGUUUCCAUGGAAUGAAAUUCGGCUCCCAUCGUCUGCCAAUCCCUUUGUGUACGAAAUCUUCUUACAUCCUAACCUCUCAACUUUUGAAGUACGGGGCAAUGUUGUCAUUCACUUUAACACGACAGAGGAGAUAUCCUUCCUCAUAUUUCAUGCCAAGGACAUAUCCAUCCUCAAGCCAGAAUCAAUAGAGUUAGUUGAUCAACCAGAGGCAAGUGUUGCUGUUGAGAAGCUCCUCUUCUUCAAGAAAAACGAUCAGAUAUCUGUUCAUUUUGAGAAACCUAUCAGCAACGAUGUGCACUGUAUCCUGACAUUGGAGUUCAACUACACGUUAGCAGAGGGUUUGGAUGGAUUCUACAGGAGCUCCUAUAAAAAGAACGGAAAUCCAGUAACGAUGGCUUCCACACAAUUUGAGUCGACCUCGGCUCGACAGGCUUUCCCAUGCUUUGAUGAGCCAGCCAUGAAAGCCAAGUUCUCACUGAAGAUAGUCCAUGAUAAGGAUCAUAUCACACUCUUCAACAUGCCAGCACAAACCAAGGAUGGACCCUAUAAGGAGACAGCGCUCCUCUUGGAUACCUACCAGACCACCGUUCCUAUGAGCACUUACCUGGUAGCAUUUGUUGUGUGUGAUUUCAUCAGUAUUGAUGACGUCACAAGCACCGGCACCAAGGUUGCCAUGUAUGCUCCUGUGGAUCAGAUCAACCAAGCACAAUUAGCCUUAGAAGUCGUCAACAAAACUAUUCCAUUCUAUGAGACGUUAUUUGACAUCUCAUACCCUCUACCCAAGCAAGAUAUGAUAGCGAUUCCAGACUUUGAUUCAGGAGCACAGGAGAACUGGGGUCUUAUCACCUACCGAGGGGCAUCAGUCCUCUACAAACCUAAUGUCACAUCAACUCCGCAAGAAGCAUUGAUAGUUAUUACUAUUACACAUGAAUUGGCACAUCAGUGGUUUGGUAAUUUGGUAACUAUGCAAUGGUGGAGUGACCUGUGGCUCAAUGAAGGAUUUGCAUCGUUUGUGGAAUACAUCGGAGCUGAUCAUUUCAGACCUGAAUGGCACAUGAUGGAUAAGUUCAUCAUACUAACUACCCGUAGAGCAAUGAGCAAAGACCAGGAGGCUAAUUCACAUCCUAUCUCAGUGACAGUCAAUAAUCCUAGUCAAAUCCAGGAAAUAUUUGAUGACAUCUCAUACAGUAAAGGUGCAACAAUCUUGAAGAUGUUACAAAGCUUUUUGAUGACCGGUGACCAGGAUAUCAUGAUGCUGGGAAUCCAACGUUAUCUCAAGCAGUAUAAAUUCAAAAAUGCUGUGACAUCUGACCUCUGGAAUGCCUUAUCAACGGUAAACAUGCUUUAUAUGCUGGAGAAACAAAGUUGGCAAAUAAUUGUUUCAAACAUUGCUCUGUAUCCUAUCUCUGUAAAAUAUUGACAAGAGCACUUUGAUGAGUUUUUCAUAGCAAAUGACCUUUUUAGUAAUGUAUU